AUGACGUCACGCCGCAGAGGCACCGACACAGCUGCUUAUCGCUUACCUGCUGAUACCGGCUACUUCUCUUCCAGGAUGAUGAACAAGUCAGCCAUGACCUCCGUCACAGAACUACCCAAACCCGUCGCAUCGGGUAGUGGCGUAACCUGCUCCAUUUUGCUCGGCGAGCAAAAUGUCUUUCUGUACGGCUUCGAACACGACAACCAUUCACGGAUGGAGCACCGGAGCGGCACGGCGCUUCUACGAGGCCGUUUGCGACUCAAUGUCACGAAAAACGUCAAGAUUAAGGCUGUCCAGCUCAAAUUGCUUGGCCGUGCUCGCACCGAGUGGCCAGAGGGCAUUCCUCCCCUUAAACAAGAUCUGUUCGAGGAGGAAAGCUUGAGAACGCAAGUCUUGACUUUCUUCAACGCGAUGAACGAAGGAUGGGAAAACGAGUACGGAAAUCAAUGCACAUAUUCCUUAAAAUCAAGUUCCAACAACUCGAGCAACACGAACCUCGCUAUGCCUACAAACCAGUCACACCGCGCCGGCCUGACCUCGAAGGAAUUGAAACGUUUGUCUCUGCAAACCGUGCAAUCGCGCAGUUUCGGUAAGAACGACUACAGCGUCGCUUCCGCAACACAGGCAAAAGGCUACAAGGUCUUUUACCCUGGCACCUACGACUACUCGUUCGAGCUCCCCAUUGACUAUCACCAACUCGAGACGGCCAAGCUACAGUACGGUUCUGUCAAGUGGGAGCUGCACGCUACUGUUGACCGUGCCGGCGCAUUCAAACCUAAUCUCCAUGGCGUCAAGGAAGUUUCUAUUGUGCGAUUGCCCGAUCAAAUGUCGCAAGAAAUGUCUGAACCCAUCUCUAUAAGUAGGCAAUGGGAGAAUCAGCUCCACUACGACAUUGUCAUCUCCGGCAAGAGCUUUCCCAUUGGCUCCAAGAUCCCCAUAGCAUUCAAGUUGACGCCACUCGACAAGGUUCAUAUCCACAAACUCAAGGUCUUUCUCACCGAGUCCACCGAGUACUGGACCAACGACAAGCGCGUUACGCGCAAAGAUCCUGGUCGAAAGAUUCUCCUUCUCGAAAAGGUUGCUGGAAAACCCCUCGACUCUCAUUGGCGCAACUCGUCCGUGCGAACCGUCCGCGGUGGCGAGCUUACGCCUCAACAGCGAAAUGAAGCUAGAGAAACAGCUCGCAGGCGCCGCAUCGCCGAUGCGUCGAGACGACGCGUGCCUCCCGAGCCUUUGCCCGAGCCGACAGAUAACCUCCUCGGCGAGCUGGAGCUUGGGCUUGAAAACAUGUGGGGUGCUACCGAGAUUGAAGCCAACGUCCAGAUACCGACAUGCGAAAUGAUGGCCAAGAACAAAGAUUUGCGACUCCAUCCUGACUGUAGCUGGAAGAAUGUCAAUGUCUACCACUGGAUCAAAGUCGUCAUGCGUAUUAGCCGUCUCGACCCCGACGACCCGUCCGGCACAAAGCGUCGCCAUUUCGAGAUCAGUAUCGACUCGCCCUUUACCGUUCUUGACUGCCGCGCAACACAGGCCAACACAUACCUGCCCUCGUACGCGGGACCUGCCACCACGCCCGAUGUGUAUCAUGCGUCUUGCGGAUGUCCUGAUGCUCACAUUGUCGCUACCGAUGCGUCGCCUACCGCCUCAUCGAUUGCGCUCGCGCCGGCUGAUAGCGAGGCAGCUUCCGUGACUGAUCUUCUCCCCGCCGCGCCUCGCGCCGCUCAUGUUCAUCAAUCGGCUCAUGAGCCCACAAGUGGCAACACCAGUCCUACGCGAGCUUCCGUCGACGCUCCUGUCGAUCGCAGCUCUCGCCCCAUUCACCUCUUGCGUGCACCGAGCUUCAAUCCCCCAGGCUUCGACGAGGAUACAGCCCCGCCCCCGAUGCUUGUCGACCGCGGCAGUGAUGCGGCUGGUACGCCGGCCAUGACGCCGCCCCCGACGUACGAUACCGUAGUGGGCACGCCCUCUGUCGACGGGCUUGCCGACUACUUUGUGCGUCUCGCCGAUGCCGGCUUCGAGGACAAUGACGACUCUGGCUCCGAAGGUGACGAGGCACCACCGCGUAUCCUGGAGCGAUCCGGGCGUGUCAACGUGGCUCAUCCGCGAACGCCUGGUGGACGCAUGCCCAGUCGAAGCUUGGAAAUCUCUCGACCGCCGAUGAACUUGAACAUUGAAAACUUGGCAAAGCGUCGAAACGCGGCAGCCUCGAACGCGGCAGCUUAA